ACUAUCAGAGAUCUCUUCUCUUCUUCAUCGACGGAGACGGUGAGGUUUCAGUUUGUACUGUCGGAAAAUAUUCGGAGAGAAUUUUCCGGUAUCCCUACGGCGGAGCUAGUUUUGUGACAAGCCGAUCGUGAAGCGAGAUCAGUUCAAUCAUCAAACAAUGGGAGCGGACGGAAAAAAGGAUCACGCAAGCUUUUUUGAAGAAGACGAUGUUAAUUUCUCGGACGAAGAGUUGGUGUAUUAUGUUAGAAAUGCUCUUGCAUCUGUCCUACGGAAUGAUACUAGUGAUUAUGACGAGCUCGUUGGAUUUAUGCACCACGGAGGAUCUCUUGCUUCCGAACAGGACAAAGACCCGGCACUUAUCGCGACAAGCUUGAAGGCUCUAUCGGGUGCUGUUACUUGCAUAGACGCCAUUCACCAUCGGACUCUUCUUGCCUCCAUUUUCGGAAUGCGUUUGUGGAACAACGGUCCUGCUGUCAUGAAUGCAUUGUUAGACUUGAUAGUAUCACUGGCUGCUACUAGCGGAAAGUAUCUCGACUCUUGUCUGUAUAUGCUCGUAAACCACUUCAUCCCGCCUCAGUCUUUCUCAAAUAAACCUCCAAACCCUCGAAAGCGGGAUCGAGUUCUUUCUCUCGUCCACCGAGCUCUUGAGGAUAUUUAUUGUUUGGUUCCACUUGCUCCCACAAGAUUGGUACCUAUACUCGCCCAAAGAAUGCCCACAGUGCACAAAAAGGAUCAUUUGAUAGUAGAUUAUGUGGAAAACUUGUUAAAGUUGGCGAGUAGCUCAAUCGGGGAGGUCGUUGGGGACAUGAUUCUGAUGAUGGUGAUGGAGAGGCUGCGAGAUUUGGAUGUGGAGAUUGGAUGGGACGAUAUUCCACAAGAUGGAUCCCGUACAAGCGUAUGUCCUAUGGAACUUGAUGAUGAUGCUGAUGAAAACAAGAUUCCAAAAGGAUCGUUGGAUCAGAAGAAUCUAGAUGGAGACAUAGUCUGUGAAUUGUUGGACAAUCUGAUGGUCCUAACCUUUAAGCAUCUCGAAUCAUGUCAUACUUCUGGUCAUUUGGGAGAGGUGUUUGAAUCUCUGUUCAAGUCGUUCGAGAACUUGAUUCUGAACACAUACAAAUCAAAAUUUGCCCAGUUCGUGAUCUUCUACGCCUGCUCGCUAGAUCCCGAUCACUGCGGUGUGAGAUUUGCCAAUAACCUGGCUGACAUUUUCCUCUCCAAAAGCAAGCCUCCACUUACAAGGAUGAGCGCUGUGGCUUAUCUCGCUAGUUACUUGUCCCGUGGAAAGUUUCUGUCCACUUCUACCGUCGCUGGCAUCUUGAGGAGGUUGGUGGAAGCAUGUGAGGAAUACUGCAGAAAAUGUGGUGACGAUAUUAAACCCGAAUCACAUCGGGUUUUCUACUCGGGAUGCCAGGCGGUCAUGUACGUUCUAUGCUUCAGAAUGGCGGCCAUCAUCGACGUUCCGCGCCACAAAUCGCUGCUUAUGCCGUUGGAGACAGUGUUAAAACAUAAACUAAACCCGUUAACGGUAUGCCUCUCAUCUGUAGUGACCGAGUUCCUUAGACAAGCGAAAGCAGCCGCCUUUACAUUUUCAGAAGCUUUCGUGUUCGAAGAAGAAAGACAAGAAUCCGAACCCUCUAAUGCAUCCGGCGGGAAAGAGAGGAUCGAUUCGUUCUUCCCUUUCGACCCGUGCUUGCUCAAGACCUCUGAAAUAAGUUACAUACGAGAAAACUACGUAUAUUGGGGAAAUGUGAGAAAGGCAUACGAUGAUGAAGCAGAAGGAGAAGAAGAAGACAACUUCAAUGAAGUCGAAGUGAUUGUGUUCAACGACGAGGAAGAUGUCUGAAGACAUGAUGAAGUUAGCAUUCACAUUAAUUCUUUUAAUCUCUUUAGCUACAUAAAUUUUGUCUCUUUGUAAAAAAAAAAUGUGUAGUUUGUUUUUGUUCUAAUGCUUAAAUAAAUAAAAUGA